AUGCCAUCCCCGGCCCUAAACGCAGCGCUAGGCACUCUGGGCGGCCUGGCCGCGGCGGCACUGGUAGCUUGGCCUUUGGCUAUCUGGUAUGAGGUGCGCAAGUGUGAGAAGCCCAAGCACACGGUCCUGCGCACGCUGGGGCAGAAGAAGGGGUGGUUUGGCAAGGUCCGGCCGGCGGCAGAGGUCCGCCUGUACUCUCCCUACCUGCUGGCUGAAGUGACACUGUCUGGCGGCAACAUGGACAAGGCGCUGUCAGACGGCUUCCGCCAGAUCGCCGGCUUCAUCUUUGGCAAGAAUGUGGCAGCCGACGGCGCCUCCAGCAAGGUGGCCAUGACCAGCCCCGUGACCCUGGAGAUGGGCGGCGACAGCCAGAAGAUCGCCAUGACAAGCCCCGUCACCGCCGAAAUGGGCCCAGGCAACGAGUUGAAGGUGUCCUUCAUCAUGCCCAGCCAGUACACCAAGGACACGCUGCCCAGGCCAGUCAACCCCAAUGUGGUGAUCAAGGAGAUGCCGGCGCGCACGAUGGCGGCGUUGGCGUGGCACGGCAAGCCCCCGCGCGAGGCGGAGGUGCAGGCCAAGGAGGCGGAGCUGCUGGAGCUGCUGGGCGAGGCGGGGCUCAAACCCAAGGGGCCCGUCCACUGCUGGCAGUACGACCCGCCGUUCCAGUGGCGCUGGCUGCGCACCAACGAGGUGCUUUUUGAAGUUGAGGACGGCGCGACUGCCACCAGCUGA